UUCUGCUCCGACUCGGCGGACGGGAGUUGUCGCUUCCUCGGGUUGCGCACCCUGCCUGCGCUGCGGAGCCAGCCAGCGCAGGUUCGACCUGGUUCGUGGCCUGCGCGCGCAUCUGCGCGAAGCACAUGCUGCCGACCUGAUCGCCGCCGUUGCAAAGGGCGAGGACGAGGACGCCUGGCUUGAGCGUGAGGUCGCUGCAGCCGUAGAUGCGGGCGUCUUCGCCCGCCGGGGGGCCGGGGGCGCCCCUCGCCGGAACGCCGGGCAUCAGCGGGGCUCUGGCUUGGUGCAGAGAGACGAUCGGCCUGCUGUUCCUGGAGAGUGGGAAUCGGAGGGCCUGGACGCCGCGCGCCGCGGCGACGCGCCAAGGCUCAGGGAGCUCUUGUCGGAGGGCUGGCGGCCGUUUGACGCUGA